GGGAGAACUCCAAUGGUGUCUGUGUCAGCAUGCCCACACCAGGCCACAACAAUGGCCGCCGCAAUGUCCCAGUCCCUGGAGAGGUUUCACCUCUCACCGAGAUGCACUCAGGGCCUAUCAGGUGGGCUCUGCAUUGCCCAGUCCGUGAGAAUCCCCCAAGAGCGCAAAGACAGGACCAUUGACUUUGAUAGAAUUAUCAAACAGCUCCUGGACACCCCCAACUCCAGGGCCGUCGUGAUUUUUGCCAACGAUGAGGAUAUAAAGCAGAUCCUUGCAGCAGCCAAGAGAGCUGACCAAGUGGGCCAUUUUCUUUGGGUGGGAUCAGACAGCUGGGGGUCCAAAAUAAAUCCACUGCACCAGCAUGAAGAUAUUGCAGAAGGAGCCAUCACCAUUCAGCCCAAGCGAGCAACCGUGGAAGGGUUUGAUGCCUAUUUUACGUCCCGCACUCUUGAGAACAACAGAAGAAAUGUAUGGUUUGCCGAAUACUGGGAAGAAAACUUCAACUGCAAGCUGACGAUUAGUGGGUCAAAGAAAGAAGACACAGAUCGCAAAUGCACAGGACAGGAGAGAAUUGGAAAAGAUUCCAACUAUGAACAGGAGGGUAAAGUUCAGUUUGUGAUUGACGCAGUGUAUGCUAUGGCUCAUGCCCUUCAUCAUAUGAACAAGGAUCUCUGUGCUGACUACCGGGGUGUCUGUCCAGAGAUGGAGCAAGCUGGGGGCAAGAAGUUGUUGAAGUAUAUCCGCAACGUUAAUUUCAAUGGUAGCGCUGGCACCCCGGUAAUGUUUAACAAGAAUGGGGAUGCACCUGGGCGUUAUGACAUCUUUCAGUACCAGAUGACAAACACCACCAACCCUGGUUACCGUCUGAUUGGACAGUGGACAGAUGAACUUCAGCUCAAUAUAGAGGACAUGCAGUGGGGUAAAGGAGUCCGGGAGAUCCCGCCCUCAGUAUGUACACUGCCAUGCAAGCCCGGCCAAAGAAAGAAGACACAAAAGGGGACUCCUUGCUGCUGGACCUGUGAGCCUUGCGAUGGCUACCAGUACCAGUUUGAUGAGAUGACGUGCCAGCAUUGCCCCUAUGACCAGCGGCCCAAUGAAAACCGAACCGGCUGCCAAGAUAUCCCCAUCAUCAAACUGGAGUGGCAUUCCCCCUGGGCCGUCAUCCCUGUCUUCCUAGCAAUGUUGGGGAUCAUUGCCACCAUCUUUGUCAUGGCCACUUUCAUCCGCUACAAUGAUACACCCAUUGUCCGGGCAUCCGGGCGGGAACUGAGCUAUGUUCUGUUGACGGGCAUCUUUCUUUGCUACAUCAUCACUUUCCUAAUGAUAGCCAAACCUGAUGUGGCAGUGUGUUCUUUCCGGAGAGUUUUCCUGGGCUUGGGCAUGUGCAUCAGUUAUGCAGCCCUCUUGACAAAAACCAAUCGGAUUUAUCGCAUAUUUGAACAGGGCAAGAAAUCAGUGACAGCUCCCAGACUCAUAAGCCCAACAUCACAGUUGGCAAUCACCUCCAGUUUAAUAUCAGUUCAGCUUCUAGGUGUUUUCAUUUGGUUUGGUGUUGACCCACCCAACAUCAUCAUAGACUAUGAUGAACAUAAGACAAUGAACCCUGAGCAGGCCAGGGGAGUUCUCAAAUGUGACAUUACAGAUCUCCAAAUCAUUUGCUCCUUGGGAUAUAGCAUUCUUCUCAUGGUCACAUGUACUGUGUAUGCCAUCAAGACUCGGGGUGUCCCAGAGAAUUUUAAUGAAGCUAAGCCCAUUGGAUUCACUAUGUACACAACGUGUAUAGUAUGGCUUGCCUUCAUUCCAAUAUUUUUUGGGACUGCUCAGUCAGCGGAAAAGCUCUACAUACAAACUACCACGCUUACAAUCUCCAUGAACCUAAGUGCAUCUGUGGCGCUGGGGAUGCUAUACAUGCCGAAAGUGUACAUCAUCAUUUUCCACCCUGAACUCAAUGUCCAGAAACGGAAGCGAAGCUUCAAGGCGGUAGUCACAGCAGCCACCAUGUCAUCACGGCUGUCACACAAACCCAGUGACAGACCCAACGGAGAGGCAAAGACAGAACUCUGUGAAAACAUAGACCCAAACAACUGUAUACCACCAGUAAGAAAGAGUGUACAAAAGUCUGUAACUUGGUACACUAUCCCACCAACAGUAUAGCUUUUGCCUGCUUUCCAAAAGGUAAGAAACCAUCUAAUUUUUAUUUAUUUGUGUGUUGUCUCCACUGAGAGUUAGAAAUGUUUUCAUGAAAACUGUGCAUGAUUACCUGUAAAUCUAUUUAUAUGAAGAAACGCAUUGUCAAAGAUGAGCUGUUUGCUAACCAUAGAGCAGACAGCUGUUAUGGGUCACAUGCCUGGUUUAUUUUCUGGAGAACAUGUAUGUGGUGUGUGUGCAUUUGUCUUUCCUGAAUAAGUAGUCAAUAGUGGCAGAAUUUGUGCUGGUCAUUCUGGUACAUGGUCUACUCUAAAACUACCAGUGGUGAGAGAUUAUUUUUAAAUGGAUGUUUUCACACUCUGGUUUUAGAAGGCAAUGUGGAAAACUUAUAGGGGGAGAAGGAGGAUGUUUUACAAGCCUGGUAAAAAUAGUUGUUCUGGUUUAUUUUUAUUAAAUACAUUCCCAGAAAUAUAUUCAUAUACAAAACAAUGAAUGGCCUUACCAUCUUAAACCCAAAAUGGUCUUGGAUCCUUCUUUUCAGCAAAGAAAUAGAAAAGUGUUGCUGGCUGGGCUUGCAAAUGUGUUGAAGAUGAUUUGUGGCUCAUAGUUCUGCGUUAGAGAAACACUGAAUCUACUUUAGUCAUUUCACAGAACGGGGAAAAGUUCAAUGAAAGAUGACAGGAGUCUAAAGAUGAAUUUCAACAUUAGUCAAACCCAAGAAUUACCAAUAAAUACCACGGGUAUUCAAACUAAUGGCUUAGAAGAAAUGGUGAAUUGUGUGAAGUGUGAACUGGACAUGGGAAUGGACUGGUGUAAGAAUUCUAACUGAUUCACCAUUGAUGCUUACAUAUUACUUUGGGAUCUCACUAAAAGAUAUAUGUUAUGAAAGAGUAAUAAUAUUAUUAUUAUUAUCAUCCCCCUGUUUCGGCCUAAGCAAUAUUAUAAUAUAGUGGAAAAUAACACCUGCUUUGGCAAGCCUCCUUGUCGAGCUGGAGUUAGGGCAUUCCAAACUAUGUGAAAAUAAACAGUGGAAAACAUGGAGGAGAGUUAUUAAAAUCAUGUGGUGGCUUUGAAUAAAAGGUUCUCUGAUUUCCUCUAAACCUCCUACUGUGCUUAUAAAAUAGAUAGAGAGACCUAUCUCUAGAGACAUUCCAAGAGAGAGGGCGGAGAGGUCAUAUCCUCGGGGUGGGGGGGAAUAUUGCUUCACAAUGUGGGAUAGUCUCUUUUUCCUACGUUGCUAACAUGGAGCUUUUUAUCAGAUCUUUGCUAUGUUUCUUUCCAUCUUUGUUUUUGUAAUAGUAUUCUGAGUACAAAUAAUAUCUUGCUCUUGUCUUAUCCAUUUAGCACUGUAAGACAGGACAAGAGUACUUUCAAGGAGUAAUUACAUUUCCUGUUGAUUUUAGAUGGAUGCCAGCAACUCAGUCUUUAAUUUCAGAUGUAUUGUUGACAUAGUUAUUUCCUUUUCCCAUAUCAACAUGAUCUGUCCUAGUUUUUAAAUAGGGCAUUCUUUUCUCCCAAUGAAUAUAUAACUGUAUUCCAGUGAGAUUUCAAGUUUUUGCAGUACAGUGCUUGUCAAAACACUGCAGCUCAUCAUUUUAAUAGUCCUUUUACAUGAGACUGCCUGAGAAUAAAUGAGAAGGAAUUUUCCCUGGGUAAAAAUGAUAGAUUUAAUCUCAAUCCAUUAAAUAUUCUCUUUAGCUCCAUUCUAAGUUGAUACCUUUUGGUUUAAAGGGUACAAGAUGAAUAUGUUUUAAGUCAAUCUUUCAGUUAAAAAAUAUUUUUAGGAUGUGCUAUUUAGAAAUAAACUUAACUUUUUGCUAGGAUUGUCUUGUUUCAAAGAUUUUGAUUAGGUGCUCUCUUUUUCUGCCAAUGUAAAGGUGACUUGACAAAUUAAUGAUAAACAUCUUGAAUAGCUGCUUGAAAAAUAAUUGAGAAUGGCAAUUGGUCUAAGUUACAUGUAUUCAAAGAGGGGAGGGAUUCACUUUGUUCAGGCUACAAUGAGACUGGAAAGCUUGGAAGAAAAGUGAACGAAGUUGCUUAAUGUUGUGUGUUCAAAUCUAUUUCUAUGUGGUUGCUUUCAGGGAGACAAAACAGUAAAGAAAAAUCUAUAGAUUCAAGAGUGAACUUUUGUACUAUCAUGCUAGUAAAACUUGUUUCAGCCGCCAUGACCCAACAAAGGCACACUAUACAGAGCAAAUCAAACAUCUGCUUAUAGGGGGUUGAAGGAAGCAGGUUCAAAUUCAGGUAGAACAGAACCGAACCUGCUUUGAAAACGCACCCCAUAUACUGCCUCUGUUUAACAGCACUCUACUUGAACAGACAUGAUUGGCCAGACAUUGGCUGAAUCAUCACUGCCAGCAACUUUUGUCUGAAUGUUUAUAAUUUUGCAACUUUGCAGAGUGUUAUCAAUCUAAUGACAUUUAUUUUAAAAUACAAUUAAGCAACAAAGUGCAAUUAAUCUGGUGUCAUCACUGGGUCAGGAAACAAGUUGUUUUGUUAGGAGGUACAUUUUCACACCACUGGAUGGAGUUCUGAUUAAAAAUCUCUAAAAGUUUAAUUCAGCCUUGCAAAUAUGGACAUUUAACAGCCGAGUCAUGUUUUUAUAAGGUAUGUUCUUCUGAGCAAGUACACUGGUUACAAUAUUAUUGACAUUUCACUAAUUUAUUAAAUGGUAUUGUAAAAAUAUUAGUAAUCUCCUGUUUGUUAUAAUUAGUAUAAUGAGGUUAUUUCACAUUUUCAAGCUUUCUGGAACUGUGCAAUCCAAGUUUUUGUGUCAUUUUGAGAUGUGCCCUCCUCUUUAACAUUCAAUGUGGUAUCACUGAGUUAACUGGAGACUCCCUCAAUUUAAAAUCCAUUUUGAAACACUCUAUGAGUACAGCAUAGCAAAGAAUAUAUGUUACCUGACCUUUGACAUGGAAUCACCUUAGAAAUAAAUGUAGCUAUAAAUCUUUUUGGCAUAUUUCUUUCUGCCUAAGAGAUCUGUGAAAUACCAUCAUUUCUCUUAUCUGGGUUUGAUAUCUCAGCAUCCUCAGAAACCAAUCAAUAUUUGUCAUCUCAGUCCUACAAGCUCAGUUCAACUUAAAGAAUGGGGUGAAAGUUCACAUGGCUAGGAUUUCUACUAUUUCUUAGCGUAAAAGAAACAUGCACAUCGUGCUGCAAAGUCAUGAAAACUAUGCCGGGUUUUACAUUUUAGCAUGUCACUGCACCAUCUGGCUAGGAUUUGUGAACUGCAAGAGUAUUCUGAAGUUGGGUUAAUCAAAGAAACAUUUGUCAAGCGCCUCUGCUAUAGGACAGCCCUGAAAUGAAUAGGAAUGAGGGACAGAAGUGGACAAUACCCUCAGGGAGCCCAGAUCUGAUGGAAGGCUUGAAGGUAAGCAAUUAUAAUUCAGAGUGACAGGAGCUCUUUGGAGAGGUCUGUACCAAGUGCUGGCAAGCUACCGUGCAGAGCAUCACCCAGGAAGUUGUGUCUGAGUUGGUCUUAAAAGAUGAAGGACUCUAGGCAGCCAUAAAGACAAGACACUCAAGGCAGGAAACAAGUAUGCACAAAGAACCUGGAGUACAAAAGAAUAUGGUAUGUCUUGGGACUAGAAAGUGGUUCUGUAAGGCUCAAGUACUGUGGUUCGAGGCAAACGGUUUCAGGAGAUGACAGGUGGGAAGCAGCUGGGACAUAGAGGGACCCAGUCGCCUUUAUCUCUGCGCCUUUAGCACAGGGCCUGACAAAUGCCAGGUUCUCAGAAAAUGUGCAUGGGAUCCCUGGAGUGUAAUUCCUUGCAUACAAAGGCUCCUAGCCUUACCGAGAACGUAGUAUGUACACAGUGAAUAUCUAAUAAGUCAGUAAUUAUUUAUUAAUAAUAAGAAAAUACCAAGUCUACAGCCUCUGCAAGUAAAAUUAUAUUCUUCUAGAUAAAACUUCUAAGGUCACAAAGUCUGCCCUGAAAAGGCAAUUUUUGACCCUAAUGUCACGGGUUUCAAAACUACCUUGUAGUUUUUAUGAACAGCUCUUAAGGGUAUCUAUACUAUUUUUCUUUCAAAGGGCACUUGAACUUCAAAGUUACCAUUGGAAAUUGAUCCUAAGCACUUGCUUUAAAUGGUUUUAUAGCUUCUAAUUUAAUAAAAACAAAACCAUAAAUAAUCAGUUUGGUGGUUUUCUGAUUAUUAAGUGCAUUUUCUUAGAGAUUGGCAUUCAGGACAGAUUUUGUCUUUUAGGCCCCAAGUUUGCAUUUGAAAAGAAAACAGCGUAUGUCCUAAACCAAGGUCAGUUAAUCUCUAUAAUCUUUCUUCCUCCCAAUUACUGUGAAUGAGCAUCUUCUCAGAAGUCAAGUGACCGUGAAGAUUCUCUACUAAAGACAUGUCUCAGCUUCGCAGAAUUUGUUUUUUUUUUU